AUGGUCGAGAAGCGAUGUGUCUUUGUCGACGUCAAGCCAAACAGCUUCCUACUCGAUGACCUUGAGUCGGUUCGACUCAAUGAUUUCUCAAAUUCUCUGGCCUUGGAGGAGGGGUUCGACGGACGCGAACAAAUCCCACUCCCCGAGGAUGAAAUCGAGUAUGGCACGUUUACCUACUUCGCCCCGGAACGCACCACUCAACGUGCGACACCCAACUUCAACACUGAUAUAUAUGCAUACGGGAUUGCGUGUAUCGAAAUCCUCUCGGACUUUGGGAAUAUUUGGGGCAUUGAAAUCACGACGAUCGACGACCUCCGCGAUCAACACACCGCCGGCAAUUCUCCGAUCGUACCAGAGUCGACACCAGCGCCCGUCAAGGAGCUCCUUCUGGAGUGUGUCUCGACCGACCCGAAGGCCCGGCCGACAGCCGAUCAAGUUUUUCGCCGCAUGGAAGCAUAUAUGAACCAAAAUUACGCCAGUUCAUCGCCUCAAGACGAAACACCGACCCCCCAGCCACCAGCUAAAAGGGCAAGGGUCGAAGGAGUCGACGAUACGUCGGACGACCAAGACUCACGCGAAGAGUCCCCCGAGCUCGAAGCUGGCGUCAAUGAUCAGAAAGGCUUCCCAGGAGAGGCAAGAAGAACCCAAACGGCGUCGUUCUACCGGAUCGACAGCAACACCAAAGAGGGUAGUCUCCGCGUUAACGACCCCAAGGACAGCAGAUGCGACAUCGACGAGACCCAGGGGUCGUCCGAGGAAACAAGUUCCACCAGCGACUAUGGAAGACCCAGUCCCCCCCAGUCAAGUAUCAUCUAA